CAGUGAUGACGGUAUAAAUAGAAUCGUCGAUUAGUCCAUAACAACGGAAAAUGGAAAUUUCUCCACGAGUACGUUUCACGAUUAUGCCGAACGAAAACCACAACGUUUGGUAAUGAAAAUCAACCGAACGGUGUGACGUAGUAUCGUAGUGUUGUUAUCUCUGUCCAAUCACAGAAUUGCUAUCCACAAUUUUACUAUAUAAACGAAAAUUUCAGGAAAAUUAUACAUCAGUCUCAUCUAGUAUCGAAUCUGAACCAUACCAAGCACUAUAAAAAUCAUGAGCGGACGCGGCAAAGCAGGAAAAUCGAAGGGAGGCAAAUCCAAGACCAGGUCGUCCCGCGCCGGACUCCAGUUCCCGGUCGGUCGUAUCCAUCGUCUGUUGAGAAAAGGAAACUACGCCGAACGUGUCGGAGCCGGAGCACCGGUAUACCUGGCCGCCGUCAUGGAGUACUUGGCAGCUGAAGUUUUGGAGUUGGCCGGUAACGCGGCCCGUGACAACAAGAAGUCUCGUAUCAUCCCCAGACAUUUGCAAUUGGCCAUCAGGAACGACGAGGAGUUGAACAAAUUGUUGUCCGGAGUGACCAUCGCUCAAGGUGGUGUGUUGCCCAACAUCCAAGCCGUGCUCUUGCCCAAGAAGACCGAGAAGAAGGCUUAACUUUCGAUACCCCUUACCCAACAAACACAGUUAAUAAAACGGCCCUUUUCAGGGCCACCAAAAU